GGUAUGGUUUAUAGAAACCCGGGCAGCUUUUAUUCCCAGACAUAAAGGCCACGCACGACUGGAAGUAUCCGUAGAAUUUUACUGGCGCGUAUUUUUAGGCACGGAGCGCAGCCCCUGCACAUCCCGCCCGGAGCCCGGGGGACCGCGGGGCGCACAGCCGGCGCCCGACCCACCUCGGCAGCGCCGGGGCCCGGCACGGAGGGUCCCGCCUGGAGCAUGAUGUCGUACAUCAAGCAGCCCCACUACGCCGUCAACGGGCUGAGCCUGGCCGGGCCCGGCAUGGACCUGCUGCACUCUGCCGUGGGCUACCCCGCCACGCCGCGGAAGCAGCGCCGGGAGCGCACGACGUUCACGCGGGCGCAGCUGGACAUCCUGGAGGCCCUUUUCGCCAAGACGCGCUACCCCGACAUCUUCAUGCGCGAGGAGGUGGCCCUGAAGAUCAACCUGCCCGAGUCCCGCGUCCAGGUUUGGUUCAAGAACCGCCGGGCCAAGUGCCGGCAGCAGCAGCAGCAGAGCAGCGGCCAGGCCAAGGCUCGGCCCGCCAAGAAGAAGAACUCCCCGGCGCGCGACGCCGGCGCCGAAACGGGGGCGGCCGGGCCGUACAGCCCCCCCGCAACCGCUCCCGCCGGCACCCCCGGCUCCGCCGCCGGCGCUACCGUCUCCAUCUGGAGCCCGGCUUCCAUCUCGCCCGUCCCCGACCCUUUGGCGUCUUCGGCCGCGCCGGGUUUGCCGCGCUCGGCGCCUUUCCCCGCCACCUACGGCCAAGCCGCCGGUUACGGCCAAGGUUACGCCGGCUCUGCCGCGUAUUUCGGCGGCUUGGACUGCGGCUCCUACCUCUCGCCCAUGCACCCGCAGCUGGGGGCCCCCGGCGCGGCGCUCAGCCCCCUGGCCGCCCCCGCCAUGGGCGCCCACCUGGCUCCGUCGCCCGCCGGUUUGGCGGGGCAGGGUUACGGCAGCGCCGGGCUGGGCUUCGGCGCCGUCGACUGCCUGGAUUACAAGGACCAGGCGACCUCCUGGAAGCUCGGCUUCAACGCCGCCGACUGCCUGGACUACAAGGACCAGAGCUCCUGGAAGUUCCAGGUCUUGUGAGGGGGAACCGGCUCCCGCCGGCGGCACCGGAGACCCCCCCCCGGCACGCGCGCAUGCGCACCCCCGGCCGGCGCGGGCUCGGCGGCAGCGCGUGUCGCACCCCCCCUGUACCGCGGGGCGUCUGCACGGCACCGGGCGUCCCUGCGCGGAGCGGCUCUGCGGCACGGAGCAUCCCCGUGGCAGGGACCAGCUCCUCACCGCACGGCAUCCCGGCACCACGGAGCAUCCCGGCACCACGGAGCAUCCCGGCGCCACGGGGCAUCCCAGCACCACGGAGCGUUCCCAUGGCAUGGACCGGUUCCUCACCGUGGGGCAUCACCACGGCACAGGGCAUCUGUGCGGCACGGAGCAUCCCGGCACCACGGAGCAUCUCUACGGCACAAGAGCAUCCUCAUGGCACAAGAGCAUCCUCGUGGCACAGACUGUCCUGGCAGCACCGUGAAUCCUCAUGGCACUGUGAAUCCUCGUGGCACGGUGCAUCCCUGUGGCACAAGAGCAUCCUCGUGGCACGGUGCAUCCUCAUGGCAUGGUGAAUCCUCGUGGCACGGAGCACCCUCGUGGCACAAGAGCAUCCUCGUGGCACAGACUGUCCUGGCAGCACGGAGCACCCUCGUGGCACGGUGAAUCCUCGUGGCACGGUGAAUCCUCGUGGCACGGUGAAUCCUCGUGGCACAAGAGCAUCCUCGUGGCACAGACUGUCCUGGCAGCACGGAGCACCCUCGUGGCACGGUGAAUCCUCGUGGCACAAGAGCAUCCUCGUGGCACAGACUGUCCUGGCAGCACGGAGCACCCUCGUGGCACGGUGCACGCCCGUGGGACACGCAGCGGGGUGGGACCCCGUUCCAGCCGGCGUUGGGAGCGUCCCCGUCCCCCACUGCACCCCGUGUCCCCCCCCGUGUCCCCCCCCCGCCGUGUCCCCCCCCCGUAG